GCUAGGCAUGUUUCAACGCAUUGAUUAUUUAACACAUAACCCAUGAAAUGACUAAUACUUACUAACUUGCUGUUUUUAACAACAAGCAGAUUCGAGUGGAGAGUAUCGAACUAUAAAUUCACGAUUUGGUUUGUUGCAGAUUUGAAAUUCAGCUAAGAUGGACUCUGCUCUCAGGACUGUUGGAGUCAAGUACGAGUGCUUGCUUUUUGGUAUGAAUGAUAUGGAUGACACUCUCUACCCGCUGAGCAUAGGUCUCAAUUUGUUUUGUCGCAAGAACAUUCAAGAGUAUAUGUUAGAACACUUGCAUAUUGAAGAAGAUGAAGUGCCAAAAAUGUGCUUGGAUUUGUAUAGAGAAUACGGAACAACUAUGGCAGGAUUGAAGGUCCUUGGUUAUGAAUUUGACAACGACGAGUUUCAUGCUUACGUUCAUGGAAGGUUACCAUACGAGAAACUGAAACCUGAUCCAGUAUUAAGGAAUCUUCUGCUUUCCAUGCCUCAACGUAAAAUAAUAUUCACCAAUGCAGAUCACGCACAUGCAGUUAAAGUUCUCAACAGAUUGGGUUUGGAAGAUUGUUUUGAGGGCGUCAUAUGCUUUGAAACACUUAAUCCUAACAAACAAAUCAAUUACAUGGAUUUACCGAAUGAUAAUCAUGUUCUCACAGAUUUAACAGAGAGUGGAUGUUUCAAUUCCCAGACUCAUAUCCUCUGCAAACCCUCUGUGGAAGCCUUUGAAGCUGCUAUUCGGAUUGCUAAUGUGGAUCCGAAGAAAACAAUUUUCUUUGAUGACAGUGUUAGAAAUGUUGCAAGUGCAAAAGUAGCUGGACUUCACACUGUUUUAUUGGGUAAUUCAGAUUUGGUGCCUGGUGCUGAUCAUGCCCUGAAUAGUAUUCACAAUAUCAAAGAAGCAUUACCUGAAAUAUGGGAGAUUGAAGAAGGCAACCAACAGCAAAAGAUUCAACCCCCAGCAGUGGAAACCAUGGUCCUAGCUUGAGUUUUGCUUCGACGAAAGAUUUUAGCACACUUAUCAAGCAGUCGCGGGGUUUCAACCUAAGCUUGUGUCUAUCUAAAUUUACAAUAAGUUUGAAAUCUCUCCAUAUCAUGGCGAUGCUUAACUAUAUAAAUCUUCAAGUUGGCACAUUGAAUGGAUGAGAAACUUGUAAAUGUAUAUUGCAGAGCUAAAAAAUGGAGGGAGAAAAAAAUAUACUAAUAUACUAAAUAAGGUUUUUCGUAGGUCUGGUAAAUGGUAAUACGAGACAUGUGUGUUGUGUAUCUCUCAGAAAUCAAUAAUUCAGACGCAUAUAAUCAUAUCAAAUAUCCAUAUUCUUACACUCUUUU